AUGAAGUGUAUUGCCAAGAAAUCCUUGUUGCUUAUGGCUUUAAUGCUGCUGAGCGGUUGUCAAGCUCAGCCGAAACGUGAGCAGCGUCAGCUGAAGAGUCCGGCAACUGGAACGGAGGCAGAUGUCAAGAUGAUGACGGCUAAUAUGACGCCAGCCAGCCCCUCAAUGGGAAUGAAUAUGAAUCAAAUGGGAAUGCAAUUGGCACGCUAUCCUGGCUAUCCUGGUCUCGUCUUUGGCGGUGGAGCUGCUCCAGCUGCGUCUUAUCUGGGUGGUAACAGCUAUUCCGGCUAUCCAAGUGAUCCCAGUUUGGGUCUGGGCUAUGGUUUGGGUCUGGGCGCCUAUCCCGGCCAGCCACAGUCCAACUCCGGAUUUAUGUACGGCAAUCCCAUGUACGGCAAUCCGCAGCUGGGCAAUGGAAAUGGCUUUGGAGUCCAGCCAGGUGUGGACAACUUUGCCGCCUUGAACAACAUCAUCAACAUGGCCAAUGUACAGGGAUUGGCAGCAGGUCCUUCCGCUGGUCUGUAUCCUCAGGCAGGAAUUGGAGCAGGAUUUGGAGACUUCCUGGAGUUGGUGUUGGAGGCGUCACAGGAGUUCCUGGAGUUGGCAUGCCUAUUCCCGGCUACUUUGGUGGCCAUGGAGUUGGAGUUGGAGUUGAUGGCGGCAAUCCGAUCUUCGAGCGCAUGA